CAGCUUACCGUACUUUAAUUUCAAGAAACUUGUAAUUGGACACCUCUGUCGUUUACCGUUAUGACUGACGAUUCCUUCUAUUUUCCAAGUAACAAAGGCGUUACUUUGCUUAGUUUUAUAAGGAAUUGAUAUUUGGUAAAUGUACCACGUGAUCUGUUCCGGUUACCUCACUUAUAUCCUAGACGAAGUUAGCAACAUCACGUUGUUGAACUAGGGAUUGACAUUAAUUUCGUGUGGUAUUUAUCCAAAGUCAAGUAAAAAGUGCGAUCUGCUGAAAUGGAGAAACAACACGCUAUGAUGUUAAUGUUAUUGUUUGUAACUGUACUGGGCAGAGUUGAUGGCUAUGCCCAAGGUCCUCCAACGAGUACGUGUCUUACACAAUUCCCUAAACAUAAAAACACAGAAAAACAGACUGGAACGCCUCCUUUCAGAAUUGAAGUCGAUCCACAAACAUAUGAACCUACACAGACAAUUUCAGUAAAUCUUGAAGCGUUACCGAAUGUUAACAACCAGUUUAAAGGAGUUUUAGUCAGUGCACAUCGUAAAACUGGUAACACCGAGGAGAUCCUGGGCAGUUUUACCAAAGUUCCCAUUGAGAAAAUCAAAACAUUGGACUGUUUAGAUGGAAGAAAGAAUGUAGCUAUUCAUAGUAAUUCUAACCCUGUUGAUGCUGUGGCCUUAGAAUGGGUGUCUCCCUUCAACUAUGGCGACAUUGAAUUUAGGGCAACUUUUGUAGAAAAUUUUACACGAUUUUGGACAGGCUUAUCGGCUGAUUUAAGAGCCGAAAAUAACAACGGUUUACAGCUUCCAGAUUAUACGUUACCAGCUACCAGUAACAUCUUUACGUCUAUUCAAUGGUCAGACUGUGGUAAAACUCGGGGAUGUUUCUUUCACCCGGAAUCAUGUACCGGAGAAAACUGUGAUGUUGCUAUGACAUAUAUGAAAAACACUGAGGGUUCUUAUACGUUUGAAUUAAUGGCGAAAGCUGAGGGAUAUGUUGCCGUGGCGUUUUCUAAAGAUAAAAAGAUGGGUGAGGAUGAAGCAGCCCUGUGUACUGCUGAUGGUGGUAGAGUUACAAUACAGCAUGGUUAUAACCCAGGACAUUAUGUAGAUCGACAAUAUACUAAAGGUUUUUCUGAUAUUCAGAUCCGUCAAGCUGAUGGUAAAAUAUUAUGUCGUUUUACUCGACCUAAAUUUACGUCAAUGUUAAUGGGUAGAAAAUGGUUUAACUUAACAGAACCAUGGUAUCUACAAAUGGCAUGGGGGUAUACAUUUAUAGGAACUGAUGUUAUCGGCAAGCACACAGAAGCACCGAUUAUAACUGAUGAAAUGGUUAAAUUAUCAGAGUUUAAAAUUCACAGACCAACAAUAUCUUCAUCUGCCCGUGUCACCACGUCACUUCCGUUGUUCAUCUCUGUCUUCGUGUUUUCUAUGUACAUUUAAAUUAUGUAACCAUGGUUCUCAAAUGAGAACCUCUAUGUGUUCUUCUGUUUUAAUAUUUAUACUUAAUAAAAAAAAACCAAAAAAAACCAA